CAGAUAUUAAAUAUUUUUCUGAGUAUUAAAUUAAAAAUAUUUAAUAAUUUAAAGAGGAAAAAUAUUUAAAAACAUUUUACAUUUUUAACAUUUGCAAGAGAGAUACUUUUAUUUAUCCGAUGAUUAUCAUUAAUCUCGAAAGAAUAUUGGAACUGUUUUUAACAAAUUACUUUCCUGGAUAUUAAAUGACUUUACAUUCUUUAUUCAUCGCGUUAUAUUGCACCAUCACGGUUCACUUUGCGUCAUAAAAAAUAAAAACACAUUGAUUAUUGCGCAAGAAAGUGUAAUCUAUUAAAUUGAAUUUUUUAAUCUCUUGAAAAAUUAAGAGAGAGAAACAACAAACAUUUCUCCUAAUUGUUUAACGAAUUGUAAAUAAAGUAUACAUUUGCAACGUUCAUAAAUCUUUAUGAAUAACAAGGCAAAAAUCCUUGCCCGUUAGACUUUGCUCAGAAUCAGACUAUUUGUCAGAUAGUUAAAUGUUUUUCAUCGAUGAGCAUAUAUUGCAUUGUUCCUCUCACAGUCGGCCAGAUAUACAAAACUUAAUCCUUCUUUUUUCUUUUCUUUAAAUUGAUUUAUCACAGUUCCUGAGGGAUAAAUUUUCUUUCAUUUAUCUUUUGAACAUUCUUGUUGAAAGUUUUCUAGCUAAGGGAAAGUGAUUCUUCGAUUGGAAAACUUUUUGAAUAAUCCACUAGUUAAAAGGUAUACGUGUCUCGAGGCACAUAAAUCGCGUCUUGCGUUCCUUUUCACACGAAAGCAUAUCUUCGAAGAAGAACGUCGUCGACGAUCAGUUGAAACAUAGUCAUCGCAUUAAAAAGUGCUACGUACAUCUUAAAGAACUUUCCUGUGCUUCUCGAGAGGCUUAUAAUCGAGCAAUAGUAAAAUUAUUAAAUCGAAGGAAUUAUUAUUUUUAAUAAUGAUAUAAACGAGAGAAAAUAGUCAUCUUUAAAAAUAGUGAAUAAACACCUCCGAAUCAUAUAUUCAAGUGGACACAUCUUUGGAUACGAAUUUUUUUCAUCAGCUAUCAUCGUAAAAAUAUUACGGACUCUUCGAUGGAACAACAAGAAUCUUCAUCGUUCCUGUGGCAAUUUCAUGAUUUUCGAUGCUUACACAGGCAGAUACUUACACAGAAUUAUAAGGAAUACUGCGAUACGAUCAUGGCUGAAGAGGCGCCAUCUCAAAAGUUCAUAAAACCUGGGAGUCAUAAGGGUAAAAGCAUUGCCGUGUUCACCAGCGGUGGCGACUCUCAAGGAAUGAAUGCUGCUGUACGAGCAGCUGUAAGGAUGGGUAUUUAUCUCGGAUGUAGGGUGUACUUUAUCAGAGAAGGCUAUGAAGGUAUGGUGAACGGCGGAAAAGACAUCGAAGAAGCCACAUGGUCGGCCGUGUCUUGCAUCAUCCACAAGGGCGGCACAGUGAUAGGCUCUGCCCGAAGUCAAGAAUUCAGAGAACGUCCCGGUCGUCGAAAAGCCGCCAAGAACUUGGUUAAUCUGGGUAUAACCAAUCUAGUGGUGAUCGGCGGAGACGGUUCUCUCACAGGUGCUAAUCUCUUCAAAGAAGAGUGGCCCGAGCUUCUAAAGGAACUCGUCGCGUCUGGAGAUAUAACUGUCGAACAGAGUGAGAAGAACAAACAACUACACAUUGUUGGACUAGUAGGUUCCAUCGAUAACGAUUUCUGCGGUACGGAUAUGACGAUUGGUACUGAUUCAGCGUUGCAUCGUAUCAUUGAAAGUAUAGACGCUAUAGCUAGCACAGCUUACUCUCAUCAGAGAACGUUUAUAAUGGAAGUUAUGGGUCGUCAUUGUGGUUAUCUGGCUCUGGUGACAGCUAUAUGUUGCGAAGCUGAUUAUGUUUUCAUCCCAGAAUGGCCACCCGAGCAGGGGUGGCCCAACAAGCUAUGCAAAAAAUUAUUGCAGGAAAGACUCACUGGUCAACGACUUAAUAUUAUUAUUGUGGCUGAAGGUGCUGUCGAUAGAAACGGCGAUCCGAUUACAGCUGAAAAGGUUCAUAAAGUAGUCGUAGAAAAAUUACAGCAGGAUACAAGAGUCACUGUUCUGGGCCAUGUACAAAGAGGCGGCAAUCCUUCAGCCUUUGAUAGAGUUUUGGGAUGCCGGAUGGGAGCUGAAGCUGUGAUGGCUUUAAUGGAGGCGACACCUGAGACAGAAGCGUGUGUCGUCACGUUGGACGGUAACCAAGCCGUGAGAUUACCGCUUAUGGAAUGCGUUCGUCGUACGAAAGCUGUGGCGCAGGCUAUGGCCAAUAAAGAUUGGGAUCUUGCUGUGAAACUUCGAGGAAAGGGGUUUGAACGUAACUUGGAAACUUACAAGAUGCUGACUCGUUUGAAAGCUCCAGAUUUAGAUCAUAAUGCAAUCAAGGAAAUUAAUGGCCGCGCAUUAACGAAGCAAUACACUUUAUGUGGACAAGAUCAUUAUACAGUAGGAGUCAUGCACAUAGGAUCACCGUCCUGCGGUAUGAACGCAGCGGUUCGCUCUUUCGUGAGGAAUUGUAUCUAUCGAGGUGAUAAGGUAUACGGUAUAUGUGACGGAGUGUUGGGUCUUAUGGCUGGUAGAUUAAAAUUGAUGGAUUGGCCAUCUGUCACCGGUUGGGUCGCGGAGGGCGGCGCAAAAUUGGGAACGAAGCGCACACCGCCCCAGGAAGAUCAAUUACCCAUAAUUGCUCAAAAAUUGAAAGAGUUUGGAAUACAGGCGCUGCUCAUCAUAGGUGGAUUCGAGGGUUAUCAAACCGGUCUAACAUUUUUCAAAGCGAGAGAUAAAUACGAAGAGUUCAGGAUUCCUAUCGCUAUGAUUCCUGCGACUAUUAGUAACAAUGUGCCAGGCACUGAAUUUUCGUUGGGUUGUGAUACAGCUUUGAAUGAAAUUACAGAAAUCUGCGAUCGUAUUCGGCAAUCGGCGCAAGGUACUAAACGCCGUGUAUUCAUCAUCGAGACGAUGGGCGGUUUUUGCGGAUAUUUAGCGACCGUUGCCGGUUUAGCCGGCGGUGCCGACGCGGCUUAUAUCUAUGAAGAGAAGUUUAAUAUUAAAGAUUUGAAUCAAGAUGUUAUCGCGAUGGCGGCAAAGAUGUCUGAAGGUGUCGAGAGAGGCCUUAUUAUCAGGAACGAGAACGCCAACGAGAAUUACAAUACGGAGUUUAUUUACAGACUUUUCAGCGAGGAAGGAAAAGGUUUAUUCAGUUGUAGAAGCAACAUACUCGGUCACAUGCAACAAGGUGGCUCGCCAACUCCCUUUGACCGUAACAUGGGAACAAAAAUGGGCGCUAAGGCAGUUGAAUGGUUCAGCGAUCAGUUGAGAAAAUGCACUAGCCCCGAUGGCAAAACGGUCACUACAGCAGCUGACAGUGCGGUGAUGCUUGGUAUUAUCAGACGUCAAUAUAGAUAUACACCGUUCACGGAACUUAUCGAAGUUACGGAUUUUGAACAUCGUAUUCCGACGUAUCAAUGGUGGAUGAAGUUGCGUCCACUGCUGAAAGUAUUGGCGAAACACGAAUCGACGUACGAAGAGGAGGGUCUUUACAUAACCGUUGAAGAGAUGAACCAACAGAAGGAUCCGCCUCUCGUAUGAAUCGCGAAAUUGAUUACUUAAAGCGCCGCGUCAGGUAAUACAGCGGCCAUUGGAAAUGGAUAUUACUGAUCGUGUGAAAAGUAGUAGAUGUUUAUGAUUAAGAGAGUAAUCACAGUAUUGUAUGAUAUUAUGAUAAUUUUAUCGCUGCUCGACAAGAGAAACGAGAAUCUUAUAUAUAUUUAUUGGAUCAUGUAUAUCUGAAAAAUUUGAUUGUGUACAUUAUUAUGGUUUUUUCAUAGUAAUGUUUAUAUGCUACAUACGUCCACGUAGCUAUUUAUUUAAGAUUUGGACGCACAUUUUUUGAAUAUAAAUAAUUUGGAUAUGGCCAUAAUAGAUGUGAUCGAGAAUAUAGGAAUGUACUUUUUCAUUUUGUUCGGAAAUCAUGUUUGUGUCUUGAAUGCUUUCCAACUCAGGUGAGAAAUAGGUACAAAGGCAGUAUCUGUGCAAAGUGCAAAGGUAAGGUAUAUUAAACAUUUGAAAACAAAAUAUAAGAGCGGUAUCUGUUGGCAACGAUAUGGUAUUGUUACAGUAUCUUAUAGUGAUGUUAAAAAAAUCGCGUUGCGUAUACAUUGAUGUAUAGUGUGAAAGAUAAAUUAGAAUCUAUAUAUAUAUAUAAAAUUUUGUAGCGUAGCAAGAUAUACAAUGUUCAAGCGCUAAAUAACGGACUAAAAUAUUAUUUUUAUGAAAAAUAUGCAGGAACAUAUGGCUAUAAAUUGGAAACUAACGACGUGCAAAAUUUACAUUUGAUAUGCUACUCGAACCUAAUACAUACAGUCUUCGUACUUAUAUUUUAAUUAUCAUAGAUUUAGCAACUAAAUGUUUAUUAGCAUCAUUAGUGAAUAGUGAUAUUAUUUGUACAUUUUUGAUGUUUUGGACAUUGUGAGUUACAGACUAACAGCCGCAAAUCUUUUGAUAUUUCGUUUUUAACUGCGCGAUAUGUGAAACGUUUAAUAAAUAUAAUUGUAGCCUGGAUCGAGAAGUAAAUCAGAUUUCAGAAAUUUUUCAAAGAGUUUCACAGAUCAAAUAUUCUGAACUGUAUUUGUGGUCUACUAAGGUAUAGGAUUAAAAAAGUAAUGCAAUAUUUUGCGUCGGUGAAAGUGUUUAUCCUUCGGUUUAGCGUUACUCGCGAAGCUAUAAAAAGCUAUUGGAGAAUAUACCUGUCUACCUCAAAACAUAAUUUUGCAACGAUGAACGAACGACUCGCAGGAGAGAAAUUGAUCCGAGUCGCGCGUUAUAGUGUUGCACGUAACGUUAAAGGGAAAAAUUUGCUAAAAUUUAAGAUUUGUGUGACCACAAAGGUAUUUAGAUUUAAUUCUUUUUCUCUUACUCUCUCCCCCCCCCCCCUCUCUCUCUUUCUCUCUCUCUCUGUCUCUCUCUGUCUCUCUACUCGUAUAUUUAUCUUUCGAGAGAAUUGUGCAAGUAUUAAUCUCAUAAUUGUUUUUUUUUGACGUAUAUAAUGUAGCGUUUGUCAGGUGUCCUCACCAGAUUUUAGAACGAAAUAAUUGCAUUCUCUGGUGCAAUCGCUGAAAAUUAUGUCUUGUGCAAACUCUUAUUCUACAUAUUCGUGAAUUUACUUAAGCGUCGAAAUAAAUUGCCGAUUUGUGAUUUUAACAAAAAUACGUGAAACAAGAAUAUACGAAGAAACUUGUGCGUGAUAUCUGCAUUAUAAUAUCCUCAACGUGGAUACUCGCGUCAGAAUAGCGGAGUACGUAACACAAUUUUCAUUACAAAUGCUGCUACUUAGCACUUGCAAUGCGACGAUAUACAUUUAAGAUUUGGCUUUAGUAGAUUAGCGUAUUUGAUAUGCAUGUGCUGCAUAAAAUAAAUAAUAAAAUUUUGAAAGUACAAUGAUACGCGCAUGAUAUUGCGUUAUGAUUUAUUCGAGCUAGAAUACUAAUGUAGAUUAUUAUAUGUAUAUGUAAAAGAAGUUAUUCGACAGAUCGCGCUUGUUCAAAAUCGUUACAAAGUAUAUGUAUAUGAUCUACUAAUAGUGUACGAUAGAUAAAAUAGUUCUUGUUGAAAGGCAACUUGAAUAAUAUCGCUAAUACGGCACCUGUUUAAACGCACGUAGGAAUCUUUAAUAUCCUAUCAAGAGAGGCUAAACUAUCAAACAAGACUAAAGUGCGACAAGAUAGAGGAGAUACGCGAAAGCCUCGUCAAUUAUCUGUGCAUAAAACCGUAUUUUUAUUAUUAUCUGCAUCGGUACAGUUUAUGCACAUUCUUAUAAUAAAUAUUUUUAUUUUAGGACGAUUAUUUGACAAUCAAAUAUAUAUUCAACAGUUCUUAAACAUCUUUUAUUUUAAUAUAUAAGUAAUAACGGAUCAAGAUGUUUAAUUAAAAUUUAAAAUUGAAUUAUAAUUAAUAUAUUCGAUACACAAAUUAUAUAUCAAACUUCUGCUAGUACAAAUAAAAAUCAUGUUGAUAUUUAAUAUCAUUUGAUAUAUGGGAUAUUUAAUUCGUACUCGUGUGUCGGUUAAGAUAUAUGUAUAUAUAAUUAUCGAGUACUCUGUAUAUCGCAUUCUACAGAUGUGUAAGCAAAAAUGUACAAAUAUAGUAUUUGUAUAAU